AUGUGGGCAUUCACGAAGAACAUGAAUGACAUCUUCAAGCACAUGACCACAGAGAGAACAGCUAGCAUUCGCAGACAAACCCCACUCGGCGAAGUUGAGAUUGGCUUACUGUUCCGGGAAGUAUACGAAGGCUCUGACAAGACCUACCUAACAGAACCAAGAAUAAGCCAACUAAAGAAAAGAAGAGAGUCAUCCAGAAGGCCGGGAUCCAAACAAGCACGGCAGACGAACAGAAUAGUUUCAUCGGGAAAGUGGCAGGCCAAAAGAGAGCAAGGCCUUUACUCACCAAUACAAGCCCUAUUACUUGAACUUCCUAGUCGCGAAGCCACGAUUGCCCUAGGUUUGGGCAAAUCCGCUAAGUCAGUCAGAGGAAGUCUUGCAGGAUGUCCAAAAGGAAAGCCGCAACAAGCUACCGGGACAGUGGGGGUCUGCUUAGCAAAAGAGGGGGAGUGA